AGCGCCGUUCGAGGUCAAUUAGCGCGUCGGCUUUGGCCGCGCGACGACCUCGGAGCUGACCGUUUCAGGGUCUCCAACUCCACCAUUUGCCAUCCACAAGUGCCCCCACUCUAGCAAACAUCCACCACGCUUGCGACCAGAUGGGGUUCUACCGAGCUCUGUCUCAUUUCUCUUCUGCUUUCGUAGACCACGGGUGAAAUUGUAAACCGCCCUGCGACGUCACAAUGGAGGAAGCUGCGCAUAUUGCUUACGAUAAGGCGGUCGACGAGCUAAGGGAGAGGGAAUACCCUAUGCUUGAAGGGACGACCUACCUCGACCAUGCCGGAACCACACUCUACCCUAAGUCGCUGAUCGAGCGCUUCUCCGCUGACAUGAUUUCGAAUCUCUACGGCAACCCUCACUCCGCCUCCAACUCCUCUCAGCUUACGACGCGCCGCAUUGAAGAUGUCCGAUUACGGUUACUGGAGCUGUUCAAGGCCGAUCCACAAGAAUUUGACGUGGUGUUUGUGGCUAAUGCUACUGCGGGUAUUAAGUUGGUCAUGGAUGCAUUCAGGGAUCGAGAGGAGGGCUUUUGGUACGGAUACCACAGGGAUGCGCAUACAAGUCUCAUAGGUGUACGGGAAGCGGCAAGAGAGCAUCGCUGUUUUGCCACUGAUUCCGAAGUCGUGGAUUGGAUACAACAGCCAACGCAAGAGGACGCCAGGACACGCUUGUUCGCGUAUCCUGCACAGUCGAACAUGAAUGGGCGCCGACUACCGCUGGACUGGUGCCAACGCAUCCGCGCCGCAGAUGAGAGCAAGAAUACUUACACCUUGCUGGACGCCGCAGCCCUAGUGUCGACAUCGCCUCUUGACCUGAGCAAUGCCGAGACUGCACCCGACUUCACUGUGCUCAGCCUUUACAAGAUGUUUGGCUUUCCGGAUCUGGGCGCGUUGAUAGUCAGGCAAGCAUCAUCACAUGCAUUCGAUAAGCGCCGAUACUUUGGUGGUGGCACAGUCGAGAUGGUUGUGUGCCUGAAAGAGCAAUGGCAUGCGAAGAAAGCAGACUCGCUUCAUGAGCGUCUAGAGGACGGCACCCUCCCUAUUCACAGCAUCAUGGCGCUUGACUCCGCCAUUGCUGUCCACAAGGAACUAUUCACCUCGCUGGAGCUUGUCUCGCAACACACAAGCUUCCUCGCGGCGAAGUUGUACAACGAGCUGUCAUCUCUGCGCCACGGUACUGGCCAGGAAGUUUGCCAAAUCUACAAAGAUUCACAGUCCGCAUAUGACGAUGCAGCCACGCAAGGGCCGGUUGUUGCAUUCAACUUGCGCAACGAAUCCGGUGGCUGGGUCAGCAAUGCAGAAGUGGAAAAGCUGGCGGCAAUCAAAAAUUUCCAUUUGCGUACAGGCGGACUCUGCAAUCCGGGCGGUGUCGCUGCAUCGCUCGAUCUUGCUCCAUGGGAGAUGCAUGAGAAUUUCUCUGCUGGCCAGCGAUGUGGUAAUGAGAAUGACAUUAUGCGCGGUAAACCGACUGGUAUGGUACGCAUUAGCCUGGGCGCAAUGAGUACACUGGAGGAUGUGCAUUCAUUCCUUGCGUUCGUGCGCGAGUUCUUCGUACAAAACGGGCCACCCAGUACGAUGCCGCCCAGUUUAUGCGAGGAUGUGGAGUUGCCACUUGCAAGCCGGUUGCAUGUGGAGAGUCUGUCAGUGUAUCCUAUCAAGAGCUGUGCCGGCUUCAGCGUGCCGCCAGGGCAGGCGUGGGAAGUCUACCCUGAAGGCCUUGCUUGGGACCGUGAGUGGUGUCUGGUCCAUCAAGGCACAGGUGCAGCAUUGAGCCAGAAGCGCUAUCCAAAGAUGGCGCUCAUUCGCCCAAGCAUCGAUCUUGCAGAAGGUGUGCUACGUGUACGGCUGGCGGGCCUAUUGAAGGGAACCUCUGCAGAUGCUGAGAUUACGAUUCCUCUUUCAGCGGAUCCACGCAUGUUUGCAGAUAACGCGAUAUACAGAGAGGCCAGCGCCAAAGUGUGCGGGGACUCUGUCCGAGCCAAGACGUACAAGUCAAGCAACAUAUCAGCUUUUUUCUCGCAAGCCCUCGGGGUGGCUUGCCAUCUGGCCCGCUUUCCAGCCGCCGGCAGCGGGAGCGGCUCUUCGCCCAGACAUUCCAAAGCGCAUCUGCAAAAAUACCAGAAAGCUCGGAGCAUGCAGAUACCCGGCGCCUACCCAGAUACGAUACCCGUUACACCAGGCGCAUGCGUUUCCAAACCUAUUUUACUGGCAAAUGAGAGUCCCAUCUUGACUAUAUCCCGAUCAAGCCUCAACCGCCUGAACGAGUUAAUCAAAGCAGAUGGCGGCAAGGCGGCGCAAGCUGAGGUCUUCCGAGCAAACAUAGUGGUUGCGGAGAAUCCAGACUACCCGCCAGGGCUUGAAGACCCAUAUGCAGAGGACGACUGGCGCUAUCUCCAGAUUGGCUACCAGUACUUCGAGAUGCUGGGGGCUUGCCGAAGGUGCCAGAUGGUGUGUAUCGAUCAGCAAACCGCCGAACGUGACCAAGAGCCUUUUUCGACGCUUGCGAAGACGCGCCGUUUCGACGGCCGCGUGUACUUUGGCGAGCAUACGUGCCACGUCCCUAUGAACGAUCCAUCAGCUGUAGUGCAAAACCCUACUAUCAUGGUCGGGGACGCCGUGAAGCCAUAUCGCGACGACGAGAUUAGCCAGGACAGUGGUCUCUGGUCUAUUGUAGGCUGAAAGUUCUUGACGCUUCCAAGGUUCUUCGUCGG